AUGCAUUUGUUCCUUCGUGACUCCUAUAAAUUUACCAUAUAUAUAUAUAUCAGUAUGGAUAUGGAAGGUUUGAAUGUUUCAACAGGAUAUCUAUCUCAAGUAGAUGGUUCAACACAUUACAAGACUUCCACCACAACAGUACUAUGUAGUGUGACCGGUCCAAUCGAACCUAAAUCACGUCAAGAACUGCCCACCAAAUUGGCACUGGAGUUGAUCGUUCGUCCUUCCGUAGGUGUCCCAACAACAAGAGAAAUUCUGAUCCAAGAUAAAUUAAAUUCCGUUCUAAAUCAAAUCAUUGUAGGUUAUUUGUAUCCCCGCCAAUUAUGUCAAAUCACUUUCCAAAUCAUGGAAUCCGGUGAAAAGAUGGAAUACUUCCAUAUUAAAGAACUCAUUGCAUGUGUCAAUGCUGCCACUUUAGCCUUGAUUGAUUCCGCUAUCGCUUUACAAUCGAUGGCUGUUGGGGUAGUUAUUGCUGUAACAUAUGAUGACAGUUACAUUGUAGACCCAAGUAAUGAAAUUAUGCAGAAUUCUAGGUCGGUACAUGGGCUAGUAUUAGAAUUAAUAGAAGGUUCAAAUGUAGUUAAAAAUGUCUUGUUAUUGGAUAGUAAUGGUGACUUUAAUGAUGCUGCAUUAUUUAAAGUGUUGGAGGUUGGUGAAGAAAAUAUUUUAAAGUUGUCUAAACAUUUUAGGAAGAUUAUAGAGAGUAAAGUUAAACAAACUUUAACUGAAUAA